AUGGAUGCUCAGGUGACGAAAGCAACAGCCGUCUCUCCCGUGGUUCCCUCUGCUCCUGGACAAGAAACCAAAGAGGAGCAAAGGGAGCAAGACAAACAAAAGCGGCCGUCUGUGGUGACAGCCCAGGCUGAUGCUUCCAAGAAAGUGACGAAAGCAACAGCCGUCUCUCCCGUGGUUCCCUCUGCUCCACGACAAGAAGCCAAAGAGGAGCAAAGGGAGCAAGACAAACAAAAGCGGCCGUCUGUGGUGACAGCCCAGCCUGAUGCUUCCAAGAAAGUGACGAAAGCAACAGCCGUCUCUCCCGUGGUUCCCUCUGCUCCAGGACAAGAAGCCAAAGAGGAGCAAAGGGAGCAAGACAAACAAAAGCGGCCGUCUGUGGUGACAGCCCAGCCUGAUGCUUCCAAGAAAGUGACGAAAGCAACAGCCGUCUCUCCCGUGGUUCCCUCUGCUCCAGGACAAGAAGCCAAAGAGGAGCAAAGGGAGCAAGACAAACAAAAGCGGCCGUCUGUGGUGACAGCCCAGCCUGAUGCUUCCAAGAAAGUGACGAAAGCAACAGCCGUCUCUCCCGUGGUUCCCUCUGCUCCAGGACAAGAAGCCAAAGAGGAGCAAAGGGAGCAAGACAAACAAAAGCGGCCGUCUGUGGUGACAGCCCAGCCUGAUGCUUCCAAGAAAGUGACGAAAGCAACAGCCGUCUCUCCCGUGGUUCCCUCUGCUCCAGGACAAGAAGCCAAAGAGGAGCAAAGGGAGCAAGACAAACAAAAGCGGCCGUCUGUGGUGACAGCCCAGCCUGAUGCUUCCAAGAAAGUGACGAAAGCAACAGCCGUCUCUCCCGUGGUUCCCUCUGCUCCAGGACAAGAAGCCAAAGAGGAGCAAAGGGAGCAAGACAAACAAAAGCGGCCGUCUGUGGUGACAGCCCAGCCUGAUGCUUCCAAGAAAGUGACGAAAGCAACAGCCGUCUCUCCCGUGGUUCCCUCUGCUCCUGGACAAGAAACCAAAGAGGAGCAAAGGGAGCAAGGCAAACAAAAGCGGCCGUCUGUGGUGACAGCCCAGCCCGAUGCUUCCAAGAAAGUGACGAAAGCAACAGCCGUCUCUCCCGUGGUUCCCUCUGCUCCUGGACAAGAAGCCAAAGAGGAGCAAAGGGAGCGAGACAAACAAAAGCGGCCGUCUGUGGUGACAGCCCAGCCUGAUGCUUCCAAGAAAGUCCUUCUAGUGAAAGAGAAAGAGCACUUUGCUUUAUCAGAGAUGCCAUGCCAGGCUCAGGGAGAGCUGUUCCCAGCCCAACAGCAGGAAGAGCAGCUCAGGCAGCAGGUGGAAGAGCCACAGCAGAAUGGCCAGAACAUUAAGGCAGAGCCACAAGCAGAGCUGCCCGAAGCUCAGAGUGCCAUCAUGGUAGUGAAGAGGAGGAACAAAAAAGACAUGAGAAGAAUUCAAGAAGAGAUGAAUCUCCAGCACAGGGGCGAUCAACAAAACCAGGUAAGUGAGAGAGUGGCAGCCACUUCUCUCACGAAACUUCCUCUCUAUUUUCUCCAGACCAUCAAGGAAGAUGUGCAGGCAGAGCUGCAGAAAACUGAAGCUAGGAUGAAGGUAUGGGAGAAGAGGCUGGAGGAAGAAAUGAAAAUCAUCACAGAGGAAGUUAAUUCCCUCCCUCAGGCUCUACAAAAUCAAGUGGAAGUGUUGCUAUCUCGCCUGGCAGCCUGCGAAGACUUCCAGCAACCAACUGGUGAUGAAGAGCCUCAAGGUUGGCGUGAAGAACAGGAACAGUGCCCACCAGAAGUGCUAAAUUUUCAGCAUAACUACAUGGGCUCUGGCAGUAAACCUGCUGCCGCAGCAGCAUUACCUCCAGGAACCCAUUCUGUCAAACCUGGGAACUCGAUCUUGGGCAGUUCCUUCAUGUCUUUAAGACAGAAGAUUGAGAAGGGGUACCUGGAGAUGCUGGGGAGAAUGGUAAACAUGGAAAAUCCCACAAUGAAAUACACGGAACUGGAACACAUUGGCAGCGGGUCUUUUGGAAAUGUGGUUAGAGCACUCAACAAUGCUACAGGGGGAGAGGUGGCUAUAAAGAAAAUAAAUCUUCAAGAACUGAGGAAAAAGCAACUAACCUUUCAUGAAAUCAUGAUCAUGAAGAAGCAUAGGAGUCCCAGUGUUGUGAGUUAUUUAGACAGCCACCUUCAGGGUGAGGAACUCUGGCUGGUUAUGGAGUACAUGGACGGAGGCACCCUGGGCGAUGUCAUCAGCAAGACCAACUUGUCUGAAGAUGAGAUGGCAGCCAUCAGUCGGGAGUGCCUGCAAGGACUGGAUUUUCUCCACUCAAACUACGUGAUCCACCGAGAUGUAAAGAGCACCAACAUCCUUCUCAGAACCGACGGCUCUGUCAAGCUGGCUGAUUUUGGCCUCUCUACUCGGCUCACCCCUAAGCAGAGUAGAGGGUGCGUGGUAGCUGGGACUCCUUGGUGGAUGGCGCCUGAAGUGGUGACGCAUCAACCAUAUGGCCCCAAAGUGGACAUAUGGUCUUUUGGAAUUGUGGGAAUUGAAAUGAUAGAUGGAGAACCUCCUUACUGGAACCAAAGUCCUGCCUUGGUUAAACACCUGAUAGCUACAGUAGGGACCCCACAGCUGCGGCAGCCCAAGCUCCUCUCAGCUUGGCUGCAUGACUUCCUGAGCUGCUGCCUGCAGGCAGAUGAGGAGCGGCGCUGGUCUGCCAAGGAGCUCCUGCAGCAUCCAUUUGUAGUAUCAGCCAAGCCAGCAUCCAUCCUGGCACGACUCGUCAUUUCAGUCCAGAAGAGGAGGAAGUAGGAGACAAGAAUGCAACAAUUAUGUCCACAAUCUUAGGAUUGGAAUUAAAUAAAGUUUCAUUGGAAUUAAAUAAAGUAACAUCAACUCA